AUGAUGCAGGAAGUGUGGACAGACCAUGGAAUUUAUGUCUUAAAUCGUGUUUUCAUAAGAGGCAUUCCAAACACGGUAAUCUAUCCUACCAAUGCUUGUAGCGACUUAUGCAUAGUCUUCAAGGGAUAACUUUGGUUUGAGGUUAAAGAUGACAAAUUACACCAAAUGGUAGAGUGAAUCAAAUGAAGGAGAAAGGGUGCUAAAUGCCUACUCUCUUGACACUUUGCAGCUAUGUCAGGGCUUGAUGGUUCAGAAGCGACUUACAGAUAAGGUUUCAUUUCGCACACAGAUAUAUUCACUGAUUUAUUCCCUUUCAAGCUUUCAAUGUGCUGGCUAUCAGGACCGGUUUUAUUAUGGAGGGAUCGAGCCAAGGCGACCUUGAGAAACCAACUUUUCAUACCUUUCUUUAAAAGACAUUUAAAAUUACUGUAAAUCCUCUACUGAACGUCCCCCAGAGGGGGGGGGGGGGCUCAUUUAUUUCAAUCCCAUUUGAGGGGGGAAGGACUCAGUAGAGACAAGGGGCUUAUUUAAGACAAUGGUAUCAGUUGUCCAUAAAGAACUAGAAUACAAAGUGGAAAAGCUCAAAUACAAGACGGUAUUAACUUGGAGGUCAUGCAGCCACGAGGAUCAGAAUCAAAUGCGAACUUCCAGUAGGUAAAUAACCCAUCCCUGAUCAGUCCACAUGAAGUUUUACAGUCGUGGAUUAGUUAACACAGUCUAUCAUUUCUUAGUGUAGAAUAAUUAGGGGAGUUGGGGCUUAACAGAGGAUUUAGGGUAAGCACUUCAAACGUCAAAACAGGGCAAUGGCAACCCACGCAAGGCACCAAUAUUGCCUUCUUUCAUGGGGCGUCUCCCCACUGUGAUAAUAAGCACGCUAUCUUUUUGCCAAAAAUUUUGUGCCAGGGUGCUUAUGCCAGCAGAAUAUAAUUUGGGCCUUGUAUUACAAUUUCUUUAAGCUUAUAUUACAUUCUCUGUAUAGAUGACGGAACUGCAGUUAGAAAUUUUGUUUGGGGAAAUGGGCUAUGAGGUGCAAAAUGUGAGGAUCGUUGAAGACAUCCGGACUGGAGCUUCUAAAGGGUAAGAAUAAUAUUAAAUCUUAUUUCCCUGUUUUUAUCUAAUACCUAUAUGUUAUUGGUGAUGGGUAACAGUGGCAAUGUUUUACUGAAGGAAGAAGUAUCUGGAUGGAAAGGAGUUUAGAGUUAAAAGACAAUAAAUGGCUUUUCAACUAUCUUUUGCAGUCUAUAUAACUUCAGUAAAAACCCCUUCCUACUCCCACAUCCACCUAAAAUAUAGAAAAACCUUACAAGGGUUUCAUUUUUUGGCCAAUGGGGCUGUAGAAUCUCGAGCAAUGUGACAUGAGAGAGUUAAGUACAACUUUUAAUUAAAUUUUAGUUAUUCUGUGGAAUUUACAGGUAUGGUUUUGUCACCUUCCGAACUGCUGAAGAAGCAAGAAAAGUUCAAGAAAUGGUAUGUAUCCCCAAAGUAACAUCAACGUAACUUAAGCAGUUUUUUCUCUCUAAGUAAAGUUUUAAAUUGAAGCCUUAUUUUAAGACUUAAUCAGGAUGUUUUUUUUUAGAGGUUGGUGGAGUGGAAUGGUAAAGCCUUGCAAGUUGAUGUAGCAGUGAAACGAAAGGUAUGACUUUCUCAGACCAUAGUUCCAGAAAAUAUCCUACUAAAUCACUCUCGACUAGCAUGAUUUCAUUGGUUUUGGUCUUUUUCAGACAAUGGCACGUUUACUCAGUCAAUACAUCCCUCCAGUUCAGCAUAGUCUGUUGGGUUACACUAUGCCACAGGAAGGGCCAGUACCUGCUGUAGUAUCAUGGCAGGAAGGAAAUGUAAGGAUAUAAAUUUAAUUUGUUUAAUUCAAGCUGUCUUAAUUCAACUUCUCUAUCAGUAACUACACUCCUUUCCCCUUUUUUCAGCUCCAGCAGCUGGUUAGCUCCCAUUUCCUAGCCUUCCAUUUCUUAACUUCUUUGCUUGUAGCUCUGCUUUCUGCUUCUCAGUUUCCAUUUCCCUACUCUUUCAGUUCCUUCCUCUUUUCUCUCAGUUCCCAUCACGUCGUUUAAAAUAGUUUCUCAAACUUUCCCUAUUUUCAAUCAUUCCUCUUAACUACCACUUUCCACCACUAUCUUCCCCCUUUCCAAUCCCCUCUAGUUCCCACCCUUUUAAACCUCAGUUGACUUCUCUUGUGUUUCAGCUGUUGUGGCAAGGUUUUAAUCAUUGCCAAGCAACAUCAAUGGAUGACUGUUGGAUGCAAUCAAGAUAA